ACAGAGCAGCGCUGGUGUGCGCGAGGUGCAUGCGGAGUAUUUACUCUAGUGCAUCUGUGCGUGAAUGGACGCUGGGAUUUGUGGCUGCUCAGAAAGCUCUUCACCGCUGAUCCCGAUGGAGGACGCUGAGAGACACACGCCUGUAUGCGCGGCUGGAUUAGGCAGAGUGAUCAAAGGCUUGCAGAAGAGCAGACGUGCUCCGAGAUGGAACCCCUAAGAGGAAAAGAAAGAGAGGGAAAAAUAGAAAACUCCAGUUGUACCUUCUUGCGCUCUUCCGACCAAGAGGAAAACAAAUUUUACCGUGUACAUUUACCCUGUCAAACGGCUUUCUCAGGAAUACCUGCAUAACAAGUACAGAGUGCGUGCGUUAGAGAUCGUGCACAUGCUCCUGCUGUGAGGUUUCCAGGAACGCUGCACUAGUUGUAGUGCCGUGCCCUGCCAGAUCUGGAGAGAAAGGACCAUGCCGGAACUUGCUGAACCGCUGGGACGGACGCUACGCCCUAACGGGCCGUUCGUCUCCAGCAGGUAACACACCUGUGGGUGCUCUGAAAGGGGUGAGACCACUAGCUGGGACCAUGAGCUCACAUGGGAAUGCUUCUGAGCUUCUCUUGGAGGCCAUCUCCUCCUCCAUGGCCUUCAUGCCCUUUGACACAGAGGCAACUCUGGGCAAUGUAAUCCGCAAUGGGUCACUAGGCUGCAACCAAAGUGGGAUUAUCUCUGAACCCUCGGUGUUUGGAAACCUGACAUCCAGCGGCGGUAGCUCCAGAAGGGAGGCCAGAGGGUGCAUGGGUCAGGCAGCUGAGGUUGGGCAGAAGAACUGGGCAGCACUGCUGAUCUUGGCCGUGGUGGGGAUCACAGUCACUGGGAACAUCCUGGUCAUCAUGGCUGUCAGCCUGGAGAGGAAACUGCAGAAUGCCACCAACUACUUCCUCAUGUCAUUGGCUGUUGCGGACAUGCUGCUGGGCCUCCUGGUCAUGCCUGUCUCUAUGGUGACCAUCUUGUAUGAUUACUCAUGGCCACUCCCUGCUGUCCUGUGCCCAGUGUGGAUCUACCUGGACGUCCUGCUGUCCACGGCGUCCAUCAUGCACCUGUGUGCCAUCUCUCUGGACCGCUAUGUGGCCAUCCGUAACCCUUUCCACCACAGCCGCUCCAACUCCCGCUCCCGCGCCCGUGCCAAGAUCACUGCUGUCUGGACCAUCUCUGCUGGUAUCUCCAUGCCCAUUCCUGUCUUGGGCCUCCGCGACCACACCAAAGUCUUCAAGGACGGCAGCUGCUUCCUGACAGACAACUCUUUUGUGCUGAUUGGCUCAUUUGUGGCCUUCUUCGUGCCACUGACCAUCAUGGUGGUGACCUACUUUCUAACCAUCAGCGCUCUUCAAAGCGAAGCCACACUCUGCCUGGACCAGUUGGUGCCACGUCCCCGGUGGAGCACCGGUUUGACCCUCAGCUUUUUGCCCGGACCUGCCCUCUCACCAUCUGAGAAGAAGCUGUUCCUGCGCCGCUCCCUGAGCCGAGAGACUGGAGUCACAUCCUCACCAUUUGGCCGCCGUGCAGCGCAGUCUCUCGGCAACGAGCGUAAGGCCUCCAAGGUCCUGGGUGUGGUCUUCUUCCUCUUUGUGGUUAUGUGGUGCCCGUUUUUUGUCACAAACGUUCUGGCAGUGGUCUGCCAGCCUGCCACUUGCCACGAUGAUGUCAUGGGCGGACUUCUCAAUGUCUUUGUAUGGGUGGGCUACCUGUCAUCGGCUGUGAACCCGUUGGUCUACACACUCUUCAACAAGACCUUUCGCUCAGCCUUUGCUAGGUAUGUGCGAUGCCAGUAUCGCGAGGAGAAGAAACCAUUGCAGCUCAUUCUGGUCAACACUAUUCCACCAUUAGCCUACAAUUCUACACACUUACCACUUACUGGAAGUCUGGGCAAUGGAGACUUCUCUCCACCGCUUCAGAGUAAAAAGCCUCAUCCUUGUAAAAAAGGCAUGGAGGAAAGUGUUACCUGUGUGUGAACUAACACCUGAACCAAUAAAUCCUGGAAAGAGUGUCAUUUGCUUGUGCCAAAUUCCUGGGUUCCAUACUGGGCCCAUUCUUUUUGUUACCUUACAGAAGGAGUUGGAUCUUCUGAGGCCAAAAAGUGAAGAAUUCCUAUCCUGAAACCAAUGUUUGGUGGACUAAACCACUGUAUUCAGGACCAAACAACACUGCCCGCUUUAUAAGGUCAAGCGCAGAGCAUCUAUGGACCAUCCCAAGGUAAAAGGCCAAAUUUAAACCAGAACAAAGGACUCCUAUCAAAUAUGAAAGUUCAAGCCCGCCAUGUGAAGAACACAAACCAAUUUCAAAUGUGUACAUAAAUUGUGUUCAGUCUGUGAACAAAACGAGUUUGUAUUUUGUACAAGUCAAGAUGUAUGUAUUUUGUAUACGUCCUUGUACUUGAUAGUAUUUCAUGGUCGCUUUUCUUCUGUCCUAUGCUUAUAACGUCAGGUUCAAGACAAUGACUGAUCAAAUCGUCAAACGUGGUGUUUAUUGAGACAUUUGGAUUAUGUUGAAGUGUUUUGGUGACUAUGAUCUAAUCAUUUCGUGGAUGCAGUUGCCAACUGGACAAACAUCUGCUCAGCCACUUCAUUGACUUAUCAAACGGCAGAGGUUCCAUAUGAGCACCUUACCUCAAAUCAGUGUUGUCGUCUACCUUGCAGGUGAACAUGAGAUGUUGUGAUGUUUGAAAUCAAACUAUGAUGUUAUGAUGUUUUCGACCAGUCAUGGCCCAGACGCUGCGUUCAAAUUCUCAGUGAUGACCAGUGAUGCUUUACGCCACUUUCAUAGGCACAGAGGUCUAGUCUAGCCCUAGCAGUGGAAAUAAGCCCAACAAACAACAGUUUUAAAUGUCCAAAUGUUGUUUUUACUAAUAAAGUUUAUAAGGUCCUGUCCAAGGGUCACCCUCCCGAAACCUGCAAAAGAUUUCCAGAUAUUCCUCAAUAAAGUUUCCAAAGAUUGAA